AGCCCCCGUCUCAUAAUUCUAGGAUCCGACCAAGUGUAAAAUGCUUGGUACCCAGUUACGCUGGCGAAUAUGAAGAGACAGGCAAGGAAGUGCCUCGGACAGUGUGUUUCUUGCUGGGGGGCGAGACCAAUUGUAAAACCAGCAGUGAAAUAUGAGAAUGAGCAAGUUCACGGAAGAAUGGGGACGUUGGACCGUUUCGCUCCCACCUCAUGGUGCUUCUGCUGCCACUCCACCUGUCCUCUGACCUGUCGCUCUCGCGACGCCCCCUUUUCACCAGAAAGCGCAUCAUGUCCCUCCCGCGACUCACGGAACCUCAAGUGGCGCACGCUUGCACGUCGCCUUUCGCACGUCGUCGCACUUAAAACGCUGUUCACCAUGCGGCCCCGCCACCUCAAUUUCGCCACUGCGGGUGCUCCGUCGCAACCCUCGGGAUCGUCGCAGGAGUCGCAACAGGCGGCGCUGCAGUCGAGACAGGAUCACCAGCAGUCGCAGUCGUCACAGAGGUCGCAAGAGUCGCAUCCGGGGCAGUAUCGCGUGCAAGCAGUCACGCGAGAAGGUCAAGCGGUCCACGCCAGCGCGGGCUGCGCGAAUGGCGGGGCUGAAGAUGCGCGGAGCGGCGGAUGGGAAAGCGCGCGGAGCGACGGAUUUGACGUUACGCGGAGCAGGCAGAAUGUGACGGUCGAGGCACCAGCGGCAGCAGGCGGCGGUAGCGAGGCGCAGCAACGGCACGCUCAGCAGCAGCAGCAGCAGCAGCAGCAGCAGAUACAACAGAUACAGCAAGCGCAAUCAUUAUCAGCGGCAGCGGGACUGCUGCAGGGUCGGAGCAUGCAGGGAACGGCGCAACCACUCCAACACUUGCCCAUGCCCAUGCCUACACCUGCAACCCUGCCUGCACCCCUGCCUGCACCCCUGCCUGCACCCAUGCCUGCACUCGGGCCGGCAGGCAUUCCGGCACCUGCAGGAGCCGCCAUGCCACUGCUUCUCACACCGCCACCACCACCAGAAGGGGCAUUAGCAGUAGCAGCAGCGGAAAGGUCAGCAGCAGCAGCAGCAGCAGCAUCAGCAUCUGCACCAGGAAACCCAUCAGCUCCAUCCGCUCCAUCAGCUCCAUCCGCUCCAUCCGCUCCAUCCGCUCCAUCCGCUCCAUCCGCAGCAGCAGAGCAAUCGCCAGCGGCAGCAGCAGCGCAGUCGCCAGUGCUGGGGGUACCCCCCCCGCCGUCCCUGCCCCUGCCCGCGGGCAUGGCCAUGGGCGUGCCCGUGCCCGUGGCUGUGCCCGUGCCGCUGCAACCCCCCCUGCCGUCCGCCAUGCCCCUGCAGCCGUCCUCCUCGCCCUUCACCAGCAGGAAGGCACGCACAGACAAGAAGGACGCAGCAGCAGCAGCAGCGGUGCUGGCAGCAGCGGCGGCGGCGGCGGCGAGGGAGGCUGCAGCGGCGGGGGGCACGCCGCCCAGGAAGCGGUCGUGCAACUGCAAGAACUCGCGCUGCCUCAAGCUGUACUGCGAGUGCUUUGCGGCGGGGCUGUACUGCGAGGGGUGCAACUGCCUCAACUGCUGCAACACGCCAUUUAACGAGGCGCAGCGGCAGGAGGCGGUGCUGGCCGUGCUGGACCGCAACCCCAACGCCUUCCGCCCCAAGAUCGCCCCCCACAGCCCCUCCCACGCCCCGCCCUCCGGCGAGGCGUCGCAUGUGCACACGCCGGUGGCGAGGCGGCACCGCGCGGGGUGCCACUGCCGCAAGAGCGGGUGCCUGAAGAAGUACUGCGAGUGCUUCCAGGCCAACGUGCUGUGCGGCGCCAACUGCAAGUGCCAGGACUGCAAGAACUUCGACGGCAGCGACGAGCGCCGCGCUGUCGUGGCGGGGCUGGCUGCCGCCGCUGCUGCUGCUGCCGUCACCCCGAUCAAGUUUGAGCUCUCCGCCUACCAGCGCUUGGUCACCCCCACCAAGGCGCCCGCCAUCACGCCGCCGCCAUCUGCACGCCCUACACAGCACUCCCACAUGUCCCCGCACGGUCAAGCGCACGCACGCACACCCCCUCACUCACUUCCUCACUCACACUCCUACCCUCCCUUCCACCCCCGCCACUCCCCUGCCCCCGUCGCUCCCAACGCCGCUGCCGGGGAAGGGAGGGGGACGGGCGGGGGGGCAUACGGGCCGGCAAUGGUUGCGCAUGGAAUGGGGGGUGGCGAGGGGAGGGCUGGCAGUGCGCUCGGCAGCGGCGCGUCCAUGCUGCCACCAGCUGCUUGCAGACCUGACAACGAGUAGACUGUAUUCGAAUUCGGACGAAUAUCAAAUACAAAUCGAGUCUACGUGGCUGCUCAAACUCGCCAAAACUCGAUUUCCGAUAUUCAACUCGGAUUCGUAUUCGCCCAGCCAUAACUCGAGUACUCGUUUUAGUACUCAAGUUUGGACAUACCUGGCUCCUACUAGCAUUUCAUUGCCUAGCAUCAAAGGUCCUGAUGCUUUCGUUGCUACGCAAUGCUGCUAAAAAGCUUCACUUGCCACUUGUACAACCCCUCCAAUUUCUUGUGCAAACCUGCAAGCACGGCAACACCCAAAAAACCGACGACGAACCCCAAGGGUAACUUCACAAACCUUGUAAAUGCUCAUAUGCCCAGAGUGCAUUCUUUCAGAAACUGAGAACUUGAUUGAUUGAAAUGAGCAAGAGCAUACAUCCUUAAGUACCGAG